AUGAAUACCAACAGAGAUAUCCAGCCCUCAGAAGCCUCUGAAAGGGACCUUGCAGGCUUGAAAUGCCAUCCGGAAAUAAGGGCAUAUCCGGAUGCGGAAGGACAAUCCAGCCCCGCUCCCGAUGAAUCUGGCUUGGAGAAAAAGCAUUCGCAAGUGGAAGUGUUUGACGUUACACCUGGCAGACUACAGUGUGGCGAUGAUAUGGAGACUGUUUGGAGGUAUUUGACGUUCGAGACUGAGUUACCGCAUCCAACUACCAUCCUACCAACCCAUCCCAACCAAGCACCUCCUCCAGAACCCCCGAAUCUCAUCAAAUACAUGAAUCCAUUCGAUUGGUCGAACAAGAGGAAGCAAUUCACGAUAGUGGUCUCGUGCCUCAUCACGGCCCUGACAGCCUUCGCGGCCGGGUCCUAUAGCCCCGGCGUGGGACAGAUGAGUGAAGAAUGGGAAAUCAGCAAAGUGGCCGCCCUCGUGGGAAUAACGACGUUUACUGCCGGCUUUGCGAUUGCACCUAUGGUUUUGGCUCCCUUCAGUGAGAUCAAUGGCCGCCGUCCAGUGUUCAUUGCCUCUGGGGUCCUCUUCGUAGUCAGCCAACUCUGCAGUGGAUUUACACGGUCCUACGCCAGUAUGCUAUUCGUACGUUUUCUAGUGGGGGUUGGUGGAUCCACAUUUUCGACCAUGGUUGGUGGCGUGGUAUCGGAUAUCUACCAUGCAGAAGAUCGCAACACACCUAUGGCAUUGUUCUCUGGUGGUGCUCUUUUCGGCACAGGCUGGGGUCCGCUUGUGUGUGGAUUCAUUGCGCAGAACAGUACGUGGCGUGCGAUUUUCUAUCUGCAGGCGAUCAUGUGUGCAACAAUGGUCGCUCUCAUCUGCAUCGUCUUCAAAGAAACCCGCGGCUCAGUCCUCCUGUCCCGAAAAGCAAAAGCACUGAACAGGUGGUACGAGGAACGCGAGACCGCAGGCUAUUACGGCUUCAAGACUAUUGACAAUGAAGACCAUGGCACAUCUUGCUCAGAACGCAUACGUUGGAAAGUAAAAUCUGACGAAGAGCGUACCUCGCUUUCCAAGAUGAUUGGGAUCUCCCUAUACAGGCCAUUCCAUCUCUUGUUUACCGAGCCCGUAGUCUUCUGGUUCAGCCUCUGGGUCGCCUUCUCCUGGGCCGUUCUAUACCUCACACUGGCUGCUAUACCCUUGGUCUUUCAGCAUAAUCAUGGCUUCUCCUUGCAGCAAGCCAACGCCGUCUUCUCCUCAAUGUGCGUAGCCAGCAUCCUUGCAACGCUGCUUUCUAUAUAUCAAGAAAAAGUGGCCAAAAGGCAAGGAAAGCUCUCCAGCUCGCCAGAGGGCAGGUUGUACUUUGCUUGUGUCGAAAGCGCUCUGAUGCCGAUUGGCCUCUUCAUAUUUGGGUGGACCAGCUCCUCCGACAUACACUGGAUCGCUCCUACCAUCUCCAUUGGCAUUGCUACGAUUGGCAUCUUUGCUAUUUACUUGGCCACCUUCAAUUAUCUUGCAGAUACCUACCACCGAUAUGCCAGUUCGGCAUUAGCAGCACAGAGUUUCUGUCGUAACGUGCUUGGUGGAAUAUUUCCCCUAAUCACAGCUCAGAUGUACAACAAACUAGGCUAUGGACCAGCCAGUAGUCUUCUAGGCGGCAUAGGUACUCUGUUGACGGUGGUCCCAUGGAUAUUAGUAUUUUAUGGGCCCCGGAUCCGUGCGAGGAGCAAGUUUGCCAACCGCAUUGUAUCCGCAUUUCCACAAUUGGAUUUGACGGGGCCUGAGCUGUUGGAUCGUUGCCCAGGAAUGCAAUCUUGA